AGGUGCGUGUGCAACCGCGUUUCAAAUGUGGGGCACUCCGAGGGUUUUCUUGCCAGUCGUGCUGCGCGCGUGUCAAGGGAAGCUUCCUGAUUCCGUACUGCUUACCUUGGUUCACUCCCUUUGUUGAACGACUACUUCAGAACGUGUUGUUGGAUUCGUAGCCUACUUGAUUGCCAAGCCUUGCCAAUGCACCGUGAAACGAUUAGUGUACGGUCUGAGAUCUUUCCGUGAAGAUGAUCAAACUUUUUCGCCGGAGAGCAGCCAGAUGGCUUCUGAUCGUAUGUUUCGUGGGGAUCCCCAUCUUCAUUAUCUUUAAUUCGUUGGACUUCGGAGGCAAUACGUCGACAAAGUUAUUGCACAGCUCAUUGAAAACACGAUUUACGGAUUCGAAGCACCGGAAUUUGAACAAAGUAUUCGCCCCACCGGAUACCUGCCCACGUAUUGGUGAAGCAUCAGCCGAUAUCAAUACUCUCGAAGUUUUCAAAAAUUUCAACUUUCAACCGCCAUGGGCGUCUUUGAGGUCCUUUUGGGACCAGAAAUUCGAAGAGCGGUACUUGCUACGAAAGACGAAACACAAAAAUCUUCCCUUGAAGGUGUUUCUCAUGUUUUGGAGCCAUAAUGACCCUGGUUGGCUGAAAACCGCGGAAGAAUACUACACCUUGCAAACUGGGCCAAUUCUGAGGAAUAUGGUGAAGAAGUUGACCGAAUUCAAGCGCUUGACGUUUACGUGGACGGAAAUGAGCUACUUGUCAAUGUACUGGGACAGGGCGACAUCGGAUGAAAAGCGUGUUCUUAAGGAGCUGAUCGACGAGAACCGAUUGGAAAUCACCACUGGAGGCUGGGUGAUGACGGACGAGGCCUCGGUGCACCUUUAUGCCAUGAUCGACCAGUUGAUCGAGGGCCACCAAUGGCUCCGACACCACCUGGGCGUGGCGCCCGAGUCUGGGUGGUCCGUGGAUCCCUUUGGUCACGGCGCCACCGUGCCUUAUCUCCUCCGAGCGUCCGGACUGGAGCAAAUGAUCAUUCAACGAAUUCACUUUGCCUGGAAGGAGUGGCUGGCUGCGCAACAGGCUGGCGACUUCUUGUGGCGCCAGGGAUGGGACGCGUCGUCGGAGGCGGACAUUUUGUGCCACAACAUGCCCUACGACAUUUACUCGAUCAAGCACACGUGUGGACCGCAUCACGAGAUUUGUCUGGCGUUUGAUUUCCGGAAGAUACAUGGGGAGUUGACUGAGUUCUCGGUUCGUGCCACGGAGAUUGAUGCCAAUAACAUUCGUGACAAGGCGACAACGCUCGUUGAAGAGUACAGGAGAACUGCGUCGCUUUUCCCGCACAACGUGGUCCUGGUCCCUGUGGGCGACGAUUUCCGCUUUGACCACUCGCAAGAAUGGGAUCAACAGUUCAAGAACUACGAGAAGCUCGUCGACUACGUCAACGGCAACAAGGAUAUUUAUAAUGCGGAUAUAAAAUUUGGGACAGUGAAAGAUUAUUUUAAGGCGGUUCGGGAGUGGACGAAGGAUUUCCCCACGUUGCAAGGCGACUUUUUCGUGUACUCUGACGUUUUCAGCGACGGUGAGCCGGCUUACUGGUCGGGGUAUUUCACAACCAGGCCGUUUUGGAAGAGCUUCACGCGGGAAACCGAGGCUGUGUUGAGAAAUGCUGAGAUUCUAUACACGUUUGCCUACCAAAAGGCGAGGCAGGCGAAUAACAAACGUUACGAAGAUCUGUUGAAGUUGACGUACAAAGAUAUGGUGAUUUCGCGGAGAAACUUGGCAGCUUUCCAGCAUCACGACGCCAUCACCGGGACGUCGAAAAUCCGAGUGACGCAAGACUUCGGCCUCAAGUUGUACGAAUCUUUUACGAGGGCUCGAAAAAUUCAAGCGCUUGCAGUUCAGUCGUUGAUUGAUGCAAAGAGUGAAUCGGAUAAUGGACCUUUGGUAUCAAAAUAUUCGUUGGACGAUGGCAUUUUUGUGCUGCACGCGAGGGACAGGGCCAAGUAUGACCAGUUAACGCAGCAGGUGCCAAUUUACGUCCAGACCGAUGGCAGAAAAAUUGUCAUAUUCAAUUCCCACGCUCACCGAAGGGUAGAGCCUGUGUACGUACUGGUGAAGCAUUCGGACGUUGUUGUAACGGACAGCGACGGGAAUCCCGUAAGAAUCCAAGUGAAUCCUGUAUGGAACAUGACGAAGGGUUCCCCGAAUCUCCUGGUCUCGUCCACGCAAUACGAACUGAUCCUUUUGGCAGAUUUAGCACCACUGUCUCUGACGACCUAUUACCUCAAGCGAAACGCGGAUCAGAGUCCAGUGUCGCUGAAAACGUCGGUGUAUUGUAAUUUCGUGGGCAACCGGGACGCGGUUGUGGACAACUUCAAAGUGCAGAUUGUACCUGAUGGGGACGUUCAGUUGGAGAAUCCGAGAUUCCGAUUGUUAUUCAGCGGGAACACCAAGUUGUUGAAGCGUGUGUUUGACAAGAGAAGCGGGAAAGAAAGGAAAGUUCAGCUGCAGUUUGGCCAGUAUGCUACUGCGCCUUAUCAAAGUGGGGCUUAUUUGAUGAAGAUAUUGAGAAAACCUGUUCAUCCUGAUUUGGGUUCGAUUCCGAAAAAAAAGGUGGAGCAACCUGUGGACAGUCUGGGGCGAUUCGUGCCCGGGGAAGAAGGGUUGCCGUUCAUUGACCCGAAUGCCGUGCCGCGGGUCAUCAUCACGUCUGGUCUGUUGGAAAGCGAAAUCACGGUAAUUUUCGACCGCCAUCUCCUGUACUCGAUGCGGGUGUACCACGCUGUGGAGUCGCCGACCGUGGACGCCAUCAAGUUCACCACGCUCGUUAACCUGGCUGACAAACCCGAUCCCCACUCUGAGUCCCAACGCUUCAAUUUCAACGGGAUCGAUGCCUUUGUCCGUUUCGUCACUGACGUGGAUAACGGGGAGAAGCCCGUGUUUUAUUCCGACGCAAAUGGGUAUCAGAUGAUGAAGCGAGAGAAAAUUGACGCCAUCAAAGUCGAAGGCAACUACUACCCGGCGACGACGGCGGCGUUCAUUCAAGACCCGUCGAUGCGAUUCACUGUCCUGACGUCGCAUUCACGCGGCGUGACGAGUUUGCGGCCAGGUGAGUUGGAGCUGGCCCUGGACCGUCGCAGCAAAUCGGACGACUCUCGCGGCAUGGGUGAAGGCGUAACGGAUAAUGUGUUGACGCGGGCCGACGGCUGGUUGUUGCUGGAGGAGCGGAGUGGCGGCGGUGGUGAUGCUGGAGGCGGCGGUGGUGCAGGAAAGUAUAGUGAUGUGGCGCUCUCGUUUCCGGCGCAGCAUUUGAGCGAUGGGCUUUUGUAUGCGCCUGCUGUUUAUGUCCUCGACACAGCGGAGGAUGUCCGACCCAAGGCAAACGAAAUGGACUUCCUUCCUCUCCUCCAGGUGGAGCUGCUGCAACGGUCAGAACCCCUGUCAUGCGACGUCCACCUCUUGACUCUUCGCACAACCGCCGACGUCCGCGGGAAUUUCAGCGAACCCGGAAAGGAAGCCCUGAUGGUGGUGCAACGCAAGGGUUUUAGCUGUUCCUACGGAACCCUUUCUGGCGUCCCUUGCGCUGUGGUGGAAACGGCGGCCGUCUACUCGAAUGCGGACCUCGGCGAAGCCCAAGUGGACCAUGUGGAAGAAACCACGCUGACGGGGAUGGAGUCUAGAGGCAAACUGAGCGGCAUUUCGGCGCUCAAACUUGGACCCAUGGAACUCAAGAGUCUGAAGAUUAGCUUUGUGUGA